GCGAACUGCGCAGGCGUUCACGACGCGGCGUCUGCUGCCGGGGACACCCCUGACUGUGCAACAGAACUCCCCAUCGCCGGUGUUCUGCUGCUGCAGCCUCCUGAGACCAUGGUGGCCCGCCUGCUACUGCGUGCCUGGCUGCGGGGCCCCGCCGUGGGCUCGGGCGCGCCCCGUCGGCGCCUGACCACUGACUCCGGGCCGGGCCAGUUCCUGCAGCGCAGCAUCGUGCCCACUAUGCACUACCAGGACAGCCUGCCCAGGCUGCCUAUUCCCAAACUUGAAGACACAAUUAGGAGAUACCUCAGUGCGCAGAAGCCUCUCUUGGAUGAUGGGCAGUUCAGGAAAACAGAAGAAUUUUGCAAGAGUUUUGAAAAUGGGAUCGGCCAAGAACUGCACAAGCAGCUGGUUGCUCAGGACAAGCAGAAUAAACACACGAGCUACAUUUCAGGCCCCUGGUUUGAUAUGUACUUAACUGCUCGAGACUCCAUUGUCCUGAACUUUAACCCGUUUAUGGCAUUCAACCCUGACCCGAAGUCUGAGUAUAAUGACCAGCUCACCCGAGCGACCAACAUGACUGUGUCUGCCCUCCGGUUUAUGAAGACACUCCGGGCCGGCCUUUUGGAGCCGGAAGUGUUUCACUUGAACCCUGUCAAAAGUGACACUGAUACCUUCAAGAGACUCAUACGCUUUGUGCCUUCCUCUCUGUCUUGGUAUGGUGCCUAUUUGGUCAAUGCAUAUCCACUGGAUAUGUCCCAGUAUUUUCGGCUUUUCAAUUCAACUCGUUUACCUAGACCUAGUCGGGAUGAACUCGUCACUGAUGACAAGGCCAGGCACCUCCUGGUCCUGAGAAAAGGAAAUUUCUACGUCUUUGAUGUCCUGGAUCAGGAUGGGAACAUUGUGAGUGCCUCUGAAAUCCAGGCCCAUCUGAAGUACAUUCUCUCAGACAAUAGCCCUGCCCCUGAGUUCCCACUGGCGUAUCUGACCAGUGAGAACCGAGAUGUGUGGGCAGAGCUCAGACAGAAGCUAGAGAGUGGCGGCAACGAGGAGGCCCUGAGGAAGGUGGACUCUGCUGCGUUCUGCCUCUGCCUGGAUGACUUCCCCAUUAAGGACCUUGUCCAUUUGUCCCACAACAUGUUGCAUGGUGAUGGCACAAACCGCUGGUUUGACAAAUCCUUUAACCUCAUUAUAGCCAAGGACGGCACUGCCGCUGUCCACUUUGAGCAUGCUUGGGGCGAUGGUGUCGCAGUGCUCAGGCUUCUCAAUGAAGUGUUUAAAGAUAGCACUCAGGCCCCGGCCAUCACCCCGCAGGGCCAGCCAGCCAGCACCGACUCUUCUGUGGCGGUGCAGAAACUCCAGUUCAGGCUGAAUGAUGCCUUAAAGACUGGCAUCAGUGCUGCCAAGGAGAAGUUCGAUGCCACCAUGAAAACCCUCACCAUUGAUUUCAUCCAGUUUCAGAGAGGAGGGAAAGAAUUCUUGAAGAAGCAGAAGCUGAGCCCUGACUCAGUGGCCCAGCUGGCCUUCCAGAUGGCCUUUUUUCGGCAAUAUGGCAAGACGGUGGCCACCUAUGAGUCCUGCAGCACCGCAGCAUUUAAGCAUGGUCGCACUGAGACCAUCCGCCCUGCCUCCAUCUUCACGAAGAGGUGCUCUGAGGCUUUCGUCAGGGAGCCCUCCAAGCACAGCGCUGGAGAGCUUCAGCAGAUGAUGGCCGAGUGCUCCAAGUACCAUGGCCAGCUGACCAGAGAAGCAGCCAUGGGUCAGGGCUUUGACCGACACUUAUUUGCUCUGCGGUACCUGGCAGCAGCCAAAGGGGUUGCCCUGCCUGAGCUAUACCUGGACCCUGCAUAUGGGCAGAUAAACCACAAUAUCCUGUCCACAAGCACGCUGACCAGCCCAGCAGUGAACAUUGGUGGCUUUGCCCCAGUGGUCCCUGAUGGCUUUGGCAUUGGGUAUGCUGUUCAUGACAACUGGAUAGGCUGCAAUGUCUCCUGUUACCCAGGCCGCAAUGCCAGGGAGUUUCUCCAGUGUGUACACAAGGCCUUAGAGGACAUGUUUGAUGCCAUGGAAGGUAAAUCCAUCAAAACUUAGCUUCUGGGCAGGUUAAAAACCUCUAUUGCUUCAUCAACAUGAAAAUUGAGGCCCCUGUAGCCAAUAGGUGCUCUUCUGUGACUAAUGAAACUAAUCAUGAGGUGCCUGUGCAUUCAAGUCUUGUGGUUUUAAAGUUAAACAUGUAAUUUCUAAGUGGAUUAGAUCCCAAUUAAAAAUGAUAUGAGAUUUAAAUUUUAAGGGCAUUUGGUCAGGAGGUAGGAUUUGGAAAAAUAACUCAGGGUAUUUAUUGUUGAAGCAGAAAUAAAAUUUAAUUGUUGCCUAGA